ACCGUUUGUCAGUUUCACUAGUUGAACCCCAGCCAAAACCCCACACCAUCACCAAAUUCAAUCUGCGUUAAUUUCUCAAUUUUCAAACCCUCGAUCCACCACCGCACCGAUUCUUCUUUCCCGGCGGAAGCAGUAGGCACUGCGACCGUAUCAAUUAACUGCUCUCCUUGAGGCGGGCGUGCGAUGGUGCGGAUAUGGUGUCCUUUCUGUGCCGUCAACGUUCGGACUGAUACCGCUGAAGGAAAAACUUGCUGUUCACUUUGUGGAAGGGUUCUAUCUGAAGACAACUUCACAGAGGAAGUUCAGUUUACGAAAUCAUCUGAUGGACAGGCACGCAUGCAAGGUCGUUUUGUGGCGUCUGUCCAAUCUCAUUCAGAGAGUCGUGAGAGGACAUUGAAUGAAGCUUACAAUGGAAUAAAUGAUAUAAUGUAUGCCUUGGAAAUUGACGGUGGUGAUUACAUAGCUAGUGCAGCAUUACGGUUGUAUAAGUUGGCACUAGAUAAGAACUUCACAAAAGGGCGCAGGAAAGAACAAGUGCAAGCUUCUUGUCUUUAUAUUGUCUGUAGGGCUAAAGAUAAGCCAUUUCUUCUUAUUGAUUUCUCAGAACAUCUAAGGAUAAAUGUCUAUGUACUAGGGGCAGUCUUUUUGCAGCUCUGCAAAGUUCUUAGCCUUGAAGAAACUGGUCUUUUGCAAAAGCUUGUGGAUCCCAGCCUUUUCAUUCACCGAUUUGCUGAUCGUCUGUUUAGAAGCAAGGACCAACGUAUUUCCAAAACUGCACUUCAGAUUGUGGCUAGCAUGAAGCGUGACUGGAUGCAGAGUGGAAGGAAACCAAGUGGGAUAUGUGGAGCUGCACUUUAUAUAUCUGCUCUAGCACAUGGUCUUAAUUGUUCCAAAUCUGAUGUUAUUAAGACGGUCCACAUAUGUGAAGCAACAUUGACAAAGCGGAUGAUUGAAUUUGAGAAUACCGAGUCAGGAGGUCUAACGAUUGAGGAGUUUGAGAAGAAGUCAGAGGAACUUGCCGCUCUGGAAAAUAAUGUUGAAGACAAAUUUCAAAUGAAGUCUAGGAAUGGUGAGCUUCUAUGUAGUCAUAAGGGUGAUGGGAAACCUCAGUUUGCUUAUGGUCUUUGUAAGGACUGCUACAAGGAGUUCAUGGCAAUUUCUGGAGGCCUUAAUGGUGGAUCAGAGCCCCCAGCUUUCCAGCGUGCUGAGAGGAAAAGAAUAAUGGCCGAGGAAGCUGCUGCUGAUAGAUCUGAGAAUCUAGAUUCAUCAGCAUUGCUUGGACUGACUGAGACCAACAGCAAACAUUUAAAUUAUGAUGGACAAAGGAGCCUCAAGAAUACUCAAGAUGGAGCUACACAGCCAGCAGAUCCUGAUUUAACAGGAGCCACCUUGAAGCCGAAAACCAUGCAUGAUACUAUUGAUGGCAGAACGGAUGCUAGUGAUUUUCCUUUGGAAGAGUCAGAGAGUUUAUCGGACAUUGAUGACUUUGAGGUGGAUGUGUAUAUUAAUACUGAGGAGGAGAAGAAUUUGAAAACGACUGUAUGGGAGGAGAUUAACAGGGAAUAUCUUGAGGAGCAGAAAGCAAAAGAAGCUGCUGCAGUAGCUGCAAAGAAAGCUUAUGAAGCCAGUUUUGCUAACUGCUCGGGUGAUGUUGAAGGCGCAAGAAAGCUCGCUGAGGCAGCUGCAGCAGCAGCUGCACAGAUUAGAAAGGAAAAACGACAGAAGCGAGCUGCUGAUUUGAAAAAUCUCGGGCCUCCUGAAACUGCUAAAGACGCAUUUAAACAAAUGUUAAAUGGGAAGCCAUGGAGUUCUAAAAUUCGAUAUGAGUUACUGGAGCAGCUUAUUGAUUCGGAUGAGCAAAGCCCCAAGAAGAGCCGGAAUGAGACGGAGGCUGAGGCAGAGACGAAAGCAGAAACGGAUCACGGAGACGAUUAUGUGGAAGAAGAUCCUGAAAUAGAUGGCACAGAGGAUAAUACGGAAGAAUAUAAUUGUGACCAAGAUAUUAACGAUUUGGAUGAAUUCUAGUAUUUUCACACAUAAUCCAUGUUGUAUAAGUAGGCAUCAUGCUACCAUUGAAAUAUUAAUUAUUAGUAAUAUGUUACUCCA